CGGGAGCUCUUUGACGCGCCGCCUCUGGUCAUGAGCUUCCUCUGCGAGCACUACCACGUUCACGACGUCCCCGUGGGGACAGAGACCACGACAGCAAACCUAGAGAAGGUGCUGAGUGACCUACCACUGAGGCAGUUCUACACCACCAUGUCCCAGUACUGCAUGUGCACGUCACGCUACACGGGGGACCUGGUCACCACGAGCUCCGGUCUGCGCCCCGCCCGGCUCCUCACCACCUCCACCUCGUCCCUCGCUGCUGAGGAGCUCAGAGCCGUGAACGCCAAGAGAGAGGAGCUAACGCGUGAGGCUGCCACCCUCCGUGAUGGCAUCACGGCGCUGACGGACACUCUGCGUGACCUCGCCCUGAGGGACGAUCUUCUGCGCGACUCAAAGCGCCGACUGGAUGAGAAGCGAAGUCGUCGUGCCGCCCUCCAGAGGGACAUUCGCCUCAAAGAGAGCGGGGGGGGGGGGGCGGUAGUACGUCACGUGGUGGUGGUGGUGAUGUUGGUGGUGGUGAUGGUGGUGAUGUUGGUGAUGUUGGAGGUGGUGAUGGUGGAGGUGGUGAUGGUGGUGAUGGUGGUGAUGUUGGAGGUGGUGAUGGUGGUGAUGUUGGAGGUGGUGAUGGUGGUGAUGUUGGAGGUGGUGAUGGUGGAGGUGGUGAUGGUGGUGAUGGUGGAGGUGGUGAUGGUGGUGAUGUUGGAGGUGGUGAUGGUGGUGGUGGUGAUGGUGGAGGUGGUGAUGGUGGAGGUGGUGAUGGUGGAGGUGGUGAUGGUGGAGGUGGUGAUGGUGGUGAUGUUGGAGGUGGUGAUGGUGGUGAUGUUGGAGGUGGUGGAGGUGGUGAUGGUGGUGGUGGUGGUGAUUUUCAUGGUGAUGGUGGUGAUGUUGGAGGUGGUGAUGGUGGAGGUGGUGAUGGUGGAGGUGGUGGUGAUUUUCAUGGUGAUGGUGGUGAUGUUGGAGGUGGUGAUGGUGGAGGUGGUGAUGGUGGUGAUGGUGGUGAUUUUCAUGGUGAUGGUGGUGGUGAUGGUGGUGAUGUUGGAGGUGGUGAUGGUGGAGGUGGUGGUGGUGGCGAUGGUGGAAGGUAUAGUGGUGGUGGUGGUGGUGGAGAUCGAGGUGGUGAUGUUGGAAGUAGAGGUCGUGGUGUUGGUGGACGUUCCAGUGGUGGUGGUAAUAGUGGAGGUCGUGGUGGUGGUGGUGGUGGAGGUGAUACAACUCAUGGCACCUGCGUCUGUCACGUGACCUCUUCAUGCACCUAGCCUGGCACAGCAGCCAAACUCAUGGCACCUGGGUCUGUCACGUGACCUCGUGCACCACAACGUAUACUUAUCAAUGUUAUGCUUUACAUGGCUCUAUACUUAUCAAUGUUAUGCUUUACAUGGCUCUAUACUUAUCAAUGUUAUGGUUGAUGCGGCAUUUUUUCAAUGUUAUUUUCAUAAAGCGCAAUACUUAUCAGUGUUAUGGUUUACACCGCUCUAUACUCAUCAGUGUUAUGAUUUACACUGCUAUAUACUUAUCAGUUUUAUAAUUUACACUGAUACUUAUGAGUGGUAUGAUUUACACUGCUAUAUGCUUAUCAGUGGUAUGGUUUACACUGCAUAUACUUAUGAGUGUUAUGGUUUACAACGUUAUAUACUUAUCAGUGUUAUGGUGUCCAACGCUAAAUACUUAUCAGUGGUAUGAUUUACACUGCUAGAUGCUUAUCAGUGUUAGGGUUUGCACUGCAUAUACUUGGUGUUGUGGUUUACACUGCCAUAUACUUAUCAGUGGUAUGGUUUACCACGCUAAAUACUUAUCAGUGUUAUGAUUUAUACUGCUAGAUGCUUAUCAGUGUUAUGGUUUACACUGCCCUAUACUUAUCAGUGGUAUGAUAUUUACACUGAGUUAUGCUAAUCAGUGUUAUGGUUUACAUUGCUAUAUACUGAUCUGUGUUAGGAUUUACACUGCUAUAUACUUAUCAGUUUUAUCAUUUACACUGAUACUUAUGAGUGGUAUGAUUUACACCGCUAUACGCUUAUCAGUUAUGGUUUACACUGCAUAUACUUAUCCGUGUUAUGGUUUACAACGCUAUAUACUUAUCAGUGAUAUGAUUUACACUGCUAGAUGCUUAUCAGUGUUAUGGUUUACACUGCCCUAGACUUAUCAGUGGUAUGAUUUACACCGCUAUAUACUUAUCAGUGUUAUGGUUUACACUGCCCUAGACUUAUCAGUGUUGUGAUUUACACCGCUAUAGACUUAUCAGUGUUAUGGUUUACACUGCCCUUAUCUUAUCAGUGUUGUGAUUUACACCGCUAUAUACUUAUCAGUGUUAUGGUUUACACUGCCCUUAUCAGUGUUGUGAUUUACACCGCUAUAUACUUAUCAGUGUUAUGGUUUACACUGCCCUUAUCUUAUCAGUGUUGUGAUUUACACCGCUAUAUACUUAUCAGUGUUAUAGUUUACACUGCCCUUAUCUUAUCAGUGUUGUGAUUUACACCGCUAUAGACGUCGCUCGCCAACUGUUGAUGCGACUUCAUUUUAUUUGUUGGCCUCCUUGAUGCUUUCACUUGUCCAACUUUGGCUGUCCCUUGGCACGAUCAGGCGCAGCGUACGGACGUUGACAGGAUGUCGCUGGCUGGGUUCUGGCCGGCGCCGGUCUCUUUUGCAAAGUAGUCGAAAGAGCCGAAGAACCGGGGUAAUGUUGCAGUGGUGGGACUUUACUUCCGUUAGCUACGUACAUACAGUUGCAAUCAUACGUGUGUGUCACGUUUUUGUCAUAUAGCAUCAAUGGGCAGAGUUGCUUUCAAGAGGCACACAAAAAUAUUGUACGUUCAAAUAAACAACGUCUACGCAA